GUUGAUUCAUUUAACCAAAGAGUAGUGACAUCGAAGAAUCUCAUCCACAUUCUCUUAUAAAUUCUCUCAAAUCUCUACUCUCUUCUUCAUCUUCUUCUUCUUCUUCUUCUUUAUCUGUCAUUAACUAACUCAUUUCUUGUGUUGUUUUUUUUAUUUAAUUCAUCCACCAUGGCUACCGAAGGUCGACAGCUUCAUAUCUUCAUGUUUCCAUUCAUGGCUCAUGGCCACAUGAUUCCCGUUGUGAACAUGGCCAACCUUUUUGCAUCUCGUGGCAUAAAGAUCACCAUCGUCACAACCCCUCUCAAUUCCAUCUCCAUCUCCAAAUCACUUCACAAUGAUUCCAGUUCAUUGCAUAUUCAUCUUCUCAUUCUCAAAUUCCCUUCUGCUGAAGUUGGUUUACCUGAUGAUUGUGAAAAUGUUGACUCCCUUCCAACCAUGGAUUUGCUCCCCUUAUUCUACCAAGCUAUCAGCUUGCUUCAAUCCUCUCUUGAGGAAGCUCUUCACCAGAAUCGCCCCCAUUGCCUUGUGGCCGACAUGUUCUUCCCUUGGACCAACGAUGUUGCUGACAGAAUUGGGAUUCCCAGGCUGAUUUUUCAUGGCACUGGUUCUUUCUCUCUUUGUGCCUCUGAGUUCGUCAGAAUUCACCAGCCUUAUAAACAUGUUUCGUCCUAUACAGAGCGUUUUGUCAUUCCUUAUCUCCCUGGAGAUAUUAAGCUAACCAAAAUGCAACUUCCCAUCAUCCUUCGGGAGAAUAUCGAGAAUGAAUACAACAAAUUUAGCACCAAAGUUAAAGAGUCAGAGGCAGAGAGGAAGAGAAUCCACCAUUGACGGAAAAAAUUCAUCUGAGUAGUCAGGAAAGGGAAAGGGGAAGAGGAGGAAGACGAACAAUAUUGGCUACCGAAAGGGUACGAACAAAGGAUGGAAGGAAGAGGGUUAAUCAUAAGAGGAUGGGCAUCGCAAGUUUUGAUAUUGGAUCAUCCGGCGGUGGGUGGAUUUGUUACACACUGCAGGUGGGGAUUUGAACACUGGACCUCUUGUUAGGUGCCAGGAGCUGCACAGCAAUUUUACAAUGAGAAACUAGUGAAGGAGGUUCUAAAGAUAGGGGUUGGUGUUGGGGUUCGAAAAUGGGCACCUGGUGUGGGAGACUUCAUAAGAAGUGAAGCUGUGGAGAAGGCGAUUAAGAGAAUAAUGGAGGAAGAAGGAGAAGAGACGAGAAACAGAGCAAUAGAAUUUGCAAAGGAGGCGGAGAGAGCAAUUGAGAAAGACGGAUCUUCAUAUUUGAAUCUGGAUGAUUUAAUUGAGGAGUUGAAAACGUUGGCAUUUUAGACUCAUUUUAAAACUACUUCUCGUGGGGUUUCCUGGAUGGGAGAUAGCCUACCAAACAUGUCGUUAACUACCCUUGUCAUAAAGAAUAUCAUGUUGAAAUAGAAGGAUUUUCAGCUGAUAAUUUAUUCAAAAUCAGUCCCAAACAUGUUCUAAUAAUACUUCUGGUUAUAUAUUA